AUGUUGACGGACACUUGCCCAAUCCUCGGCUACCGUCGCCGACCAUACAUGAUGAUCGGAUGGUUCCUGUCGUUCAUCUCGUGUUUGUUGAUGGCUGCACUGCCACUGGGAGAGCCUUACUACACCGAUUCAUCGCUGUCAGACAUAGCCACAGUCGACAUGACGCCAGAGCAGCGUGCGACUCUCAACACCGACGCCCCAAACCGCGGUAUCAAGCUGAUCAUCCUCAUGAUGAUCGCAAACUUCGGUACAGUCUUGGCCUACAGUGGAUUCAACGGCGCUCUGAUGGACGUCUCUCAGCAUUACGGCGGCACUUUUUCGUGGACCAUGGGCUUCAACGCGAUUAUGUGGAUUUGUGCUGCUGCUUCACUUCUCACUAUCCCAUUCUCAUGGUACUGUAUCCAGGAAGAGCGUGUGAUUUACCGCUACGCCGCGUACCGAUUCUUCUACAAUGUUUGCUCACAAAUCACGGUUACGGCGUCAAAUGUGAUCCAAAGUGACUCGGCAAAGGUCGAGCCGCUCAACUCGGGUAUUGCAAGCAUGCUCACGGCAAUCUUGACGCUGGGUGGUGUGUAUGUGAUCAAAAAGCAGGGUCUGCAUUGGAAUUGGCGCUACAUCAUUAUGGUCUGUCAGAUCAGUGUUGUGAUAAUCGACGCCUUCCCUACUCUGUUCACUAUUUGGGACGUGUACCGUAGCCAGUGGUUCUGGCUUGGUGUUCCACUUGUGGGUGAAGUGCCAGCCGCUGCAGGUGACUAUGUAACGCAGCUCUUCAUGGUUGAGAUUGAGAACCAGAAAGGAUUCGAAGCAACGCUGCUUGGACUCGGCGUCACAACUCAACCUGUUGGGACUCCCUUCGCGACUGUGAUCACGAAGUCUAUUGACGGCUACUUUGACAUUGGCCGUACGUUCAUCGAGCAGGACAACCAUUACGUUCGGACGCAGGUCACGUACACGUACCUGAUCGCCUAUGCGUUCAACUUGCUCAAGUUCUGGGGAAUUUUGACUAUCAGCUAUCUCGUGUUCUCUUUGGCGUGGACAUUGAUGACUAACAUCCUAAGUCUGUUCGAGUCAACUAGCUGCUUGCGCAUCGCAGGAGGCAGCGGCUGCUAA